CUGCCUAGAAGUACGGAUUACGGAACGUCCUUUCGUUACAGAAAUUAUACAAUCAUAUUUACCCAUCAAAAAGUUAAAGAUAUUGUACAUUUUUUGGAAGGUGUAAGAAUCAUGAUGGGAGAUUUUGAGUUACUGAAGGAAGUACCAGGAUACAGGGCAAUUCUUAAAGUUGUUCUUAAAAGCCAGAUACAGUUACUUAUAGAUCAGUUAUGCAACUACACUGGUGAAGAAUCUUUCAUCCUUACAGCAAAUGCCAGUGAUGGUGCCCAGUCACUUUUAGGAUCGGGUACCGGAAAAGGCUUUCUGGAGAAUCAUAGUGAAAUAAAGACUCAGUUCCUAGGCUACUGUCUCAAAUCUCUUCACAACCCAGAGGAGACAGUUUCGCAUCAUGAUAGUACACGCUCUAAAGGCAGAACCCAUCCGUAUGCACGAGGGGCAUCGUCCUCGCCAACUGCUAAUAAACCUAGGAGUGGAUUUUCUGACUCGGUCAAGUUGGGCGGCUCAGAUACUACACAGUUGAAUGAUUCAAGACACACAAACAGUAGCUCCACAAUAGUUUAUCACUCUAGUGUAUCUGCUACAGAAACAUACAAGAGAAGAGAACCUAACUCACCACAUAAAUCUUCCAUUUUCCAAACUUCUCGCAUGGAUUUUAAAGACAGAUUAUCAGACAUUUAUCAUCAAGAUCAUGUUCAAACUCCUGGUGAUUAUGAUCAAACUGAUCAAGGUCAGGCUCAGGAAAGUGAUAGUGUUGUAGUGAAAACUGAGCUAGAAUCAGAUGAUGUGGAAGUUACAGGAGUUGAGCUUGGCAAUCACCUAUAUGGUGAUGAAAAUUUAGGAGGACAGUUUAGUUCUGAUAGUAAUCAGACAGCAGCUAGUCCGGAUGAUUUUGCUAUGGUUAAUUCUGUAGAUAGAGGAGGGAUUUUAGACAUGAAUACUUCAGAAUCGAAUAUUGACAAUUUAUCGGCAUCAAAACAUUAUUACCCAUGUCGAUACUGUGGCCGAGUGUUCCAGCAUAAUUCAUGGUUGACAAGGCAUAUUAGAGGUCACACAGGAGAAAAACCAUAUGAAUGUCGUGUUUGUGGGAAACGUUUUACACGAUCAGGAACGAUGAAAGUACACACGUUGAUGCAUAAUAUAAAAUAAUUUCGUGUACAUUUUGGUAAACCGGUUUGAAAUAUAGUGCAACAUUGAACAUGUAACAAAUUCAAAAAAGAUUUUGAAAUAAAAAGUGUGUUGAGUUUAAACUUUAAGGCAGUGGACCCAUAAUGAUAAUUGGCAAAUUGUAUGCAGUUUCAGCAUUCUCAUCUUUUUGCUGAAAACAGUGCCUGUAAAACUGCAUUUCUUCUGAUUCAAAGUGUUGCAUUUUCUAACUAGAAUACAUAAUCGCAUAGACAUUGUCGAAUGUCAGUCUUCUAUCUUAAUCUUGUUUUAUUUUUGAGUCUGUAAGAAAGUAUACAUAGCAACCAGUAACAUUAACCAUUCCUGA